GACGGAUCUUUGGUGUCACCACAUCCAUCUUCCCCUUCCUCUCCAAUGCUUGGUAAUGCCUUGCAAAACCAACAACUCCGUGGAGCAUCGUACACCUUGCCUGAUGGAUCAGUUAUCAGGGACCCCCGCAUGCCCCAGAGGCCCAAGUCACCUAACCUUUCAAAAGCUCUUCAGAACCGAGAUGUGAUGUCUGCUUCAUAUACUCUCCCUGAUGGCACCCUUAUAGACCCGAGACAGCAACAACCUAUUUCCCCAAACCUGGCAAAGGCCCUUAGCAACGCAGCUCUGCGUGAAGCCUCCUAUUCUCUCCCUGAUGGUACUAUUGUGAUUGACCCCAAGAAACAGAAGUCACCGAACCUUACAGCUGCACUUCGAAACCCUUAUCUGAAAAGUGCAUCUUACACCCUGCCCGAUGGUACUAUCAUCAUUGAUCCACGGAAACCUCUCUCUCCAAACCUCUCAAGUGCCCUUCAAAACUCUUCCCUGCGGGACGCCUCCUUCACUCUACCAAAAGGAGUUCAGGACCCGAAUAUACCCGUUUCACCAAAUUUGGCUAAGGCCCUCAAUAACGCAGCCUUGAAAGGAGCUUCGUACACCCUCCCAGAUGGAACGAUUAUAGUGGACCCUAGAAAACCAAAGAGUCCCAACCUGAGAGCUGCUCUGCAGAAUCCCUAUCUUCAGGGUCUGUCGUACACACUGCCUGAUGGAACCAUCAUCAUUGACCCACGGAAGCCAGUUGGCCCUGAUCUGUCUAAAGUGUGUACCUAA